CUGGUGUCGUCGCAAUACGCGUAUCCGCAGCACGACGAACAUGGGUGGUAAGAAAACCGGUGAGAUGCAUCGCAAGAUAGAUAAGAAAGAUGUUGAUCUCUUUCCCUUUGUUCAUUCGCAUCUUCAUCUCACUUCAUACCAUUCUAUCUCGCUUUUAUCGUUCCUAAAAUCAAUUUCUUCGUGCAAUAACUGCUUGUUGCUUCACGCUUGCGUUUCCUUCGCCAAUCUUGCAGACCCAGUAAUCACACCUCAUAUACUCUCAAGAUGCCGACCCUAGAAGCGUUUCGAGGCAACUACUAUCUAUGGCACUACAUACCCAGUCUCCCCGCCGCCAUUAUCUUCGCCAUCCUGUUCAUCAUCGUGACCAUUGCCCACACAUGGAAGAUGGCAAGAGCACGGAUGUGGUUCUGCCUCCCCUUUGUGAUCGGCGGCUUCUUUGAAGUAAUAGGCUACGCAGGUCACGCCGCUGCCACAAACAGCACCGGAAAACUGAUGCCCUACAUCAUCCAAUCCACAUUCCUCCUGCUCCCGCCCGUUCUCUUCGCCGCAACCCUCUACAUGGUGUACUCGCGCGUCGUGCAAGCCGUGUCCGGGGCGCGCUUCUCGCUCAUCCCGCCGCACUGGUCGACACGCGUCUUCGUCGCCGGCGACGUGCUAUGCAUGUUGAUGCAGACGUCUGGCGCGGGGCUGCUCGCGCAAAGCGACGACCCUACCAUGGGCGAGAGGAUCAUCAUCGGGGGUCUGCUUGUGCAGAUCGUGGUCUUCACCGGCUUCGUGGGCUGCUGCUGGAUCUUCCACCGCAGGUUUAAGGCGCAUCUUUCCAGAGAGGGCGCCGCGACCCGUGUACCAUGGCAAUCGUGCCUGACGAUGCUGUACGCAACAUCGCUGUUGAUCUCGAUCCGUAAUGUUUAUCGUCUGGUUGAGUACAGUGUAGGGCACGACGGUUAUUUGUUCAGCGUAGAGUGGCCUGUGUAUGUCCUCGACGGGGUGCUGAUGUUGUUUGUUAUGGUGUUGUUUAUGGUCUGGUACCCGGAUCAGCUGAGGACACAGCCUAGGGGCGAGACAUAUGAGUCUGUGGAGCUUGGACAGAAUGGGAAGCACUGAUGGUCUGGUUUUCGGCGUCUGGGUAUGUGACGAAUGGAAAGGAGAAUGAAUGGACGAGAAAGCUAGAGAUCUGUAGAACGUCAUGACUAUUGGUAGACUUUGAAUAUGAACAU